UGUGUUGCCUCGGUUGUUGCGGAAGUGGCGCGCGAGCUUUGUGCGGAGAGGCUGUAACCUGCCAGGCAUUUUCCACUCAGGAUUAAAAAAAAAAGCAGGUGCGAGCUUAUUGGAUCAGAAACACAAAGACGGGGAAUCAUUCUGAAACAUGAUCCCGUGAGAUCGCGUGUUGAAGGACAGCUCCACUGGAGGUUUGUGUAGCGAUGGGAACACUCCAGUCCUCCGCGGGCCACCCACUCUAUACUGAGCUGUCAGAAAAAACAGGCUUUUCAGCUGAGCAGAUUGCAGUCCUACAUAAAAGAUUCAAACAGCUGAGUCACAAUGAAGACAUCUUACGGAGGCAACACUUUGAUGAAAUCCCAGAUCUUUCCUGCAAUCCCAUCCGGUCUCAGAUCACAGAGGCUUUCUUCGAUAAACGAAACUUUUCCAGGAGCAAUGAGGGAAAAGUCAACGAGAUCGGCUUUGAAGAGUUCCUGUUGGUCAUGUCUCAUUUCAGGCCUCCAUCGCAGAGCAUGACGCAGGAGCAGCGUGAGAAUGUCAGGAGGGAGAAACUCAGAUUUUUGUUCAACAUGCACGACACAGACAAUGAUGGAACAAUAACCCUGGAGGAAUACAGACAUGUGGUGGAAGAGCUGUUGUCUCGCAGCGGCGCUCUGGAGAAGGAAACGGCUAAAAGCAUCGCUGAUGCGGCCAUGUUGGAAGUGGCCAGUAUUUCAGUUGGUCACAUGGAGCCUGAUGAAUUUUAUGAAGGUAUCACUUUUGAGCACUUUCUCAAGCUGCUGGAUGGCUUUGAGAUCGAAUCAAAAAUGAGCAUUCGCUUUUUGAACGUGGAUGCAACAACCCUGUGUAAGUGAGGUUGUCUCCUUGAGAACCAUAACUUCUGUCGUUUGCACGGACAAAUGCUAUGCAAAUUCAGACAAUAUGUGCAAUCUGAAUGUACUGAAAGUAGUUUACUUUUAUUGCAAGUAAUAAUGUUUUACAGCUGUAGGAGUGGUUGGAUGAAGCAAUAAUGUUAUAAACAGCUAUGCAUGCAAAUAUGUAAGAAUAUUUCAAGAUGAUAUUUUCGUAAAUCAUUUAGAACAGAAGUAUAAAAGUUUGCCUCCUUGAUCAUUUCUGAACUUUGUGCAUGCUCUGUCCUCUGCACAACCUCCCCCCGAGAAACAGAUCUUACGUCAGCUCAUGUGCAUUUCUGAUAAAAUAAAAAGAAAUAUGAGCACCACA